GGCCUCGGGCGGACGACGCGGACGCUGACGGCGACGGCGUCCAUCGCCGCGGCGUACAAGAAGCACGAGACGGACAAGGCGUCGACGGGCAAGGAGCGCGACGACAAGCUGCGCGCCCUCCACGAGAAGACGGGCGCAGAGCUGCUCGAGCUCUUCGAGAAGAACGGCGGCUUCCAGAUCAAGUUCGGGCAGAUCUUGGCGUCGCAGACGAAGAUGCUGCCCAAGGAGAUCACGGACGCGCUCCGGCCGCUCCAGGACGGCGCGCCCGAGCGGCCCUGGGCCGCCGUCGACGCCGUGCUGACCAAGGCCUACGGCGGCCUCCCCGGCGGCCGCGACGCCGUCCUCGCGAGCGUCGACGAGCGGCCGCUCGCGGCCGCGUCCGUCGCGCAGGUCCACGGCGCCGUCCUCACGCCCGAGGCCGCCGCGAAGUUCGGCGCCCCGGCGAACAUCGUGCUCAAGGUGCGCCACGCCGACGUCGGCGCGACGAUGGAGAAGGACCUGAGCCUCUUCGGGUGGGUGACGACGCUCGUCGGCGCGGUGUUCAAGAACGUGGACUUCACGUGGGUCAAGGCCUUCAUCACGGAGUCCAUCGAGCAGGAGCUCGACUUCACCAACGAGGCGGCGCAGUGCGAGAAGCUCGGCGGGUUUUUGGCGCGCGCGCGGCCGGGCGCGGGCGUCGCGGUGAAGCGGUCCGGAUUCAUGCUCGGCGACCUGCCGUCCGUCCGCGCGCCGCGCGUGAUCCGGGGCCUGUCGAACACGGGCCUGCUGGCCAUGGAGCGCGUCGCGGGCUGCCGCCCGACGGACGGCGCCGCCGUCCGCGACAUGGGCGCGACGCCCGUGGCGGUGGCCCUGGGCCUGCUCGAGGCCUUCGCGGAGUGCAUCUUCCUCCACGGCUACGUCCACGGCGACCUCCACCCCGGGAAUUUGAUCGUGGCGCCGAAGCCCGAAACCAAGGCCAAGUGCGAGCUCGUGCUCAUCGACCACGGGCUCCACGUCGCCGUGCCCCGGGACUUCCGCGCGGCCUACUGCCGGCUCUGGAACGCGCUCGCCGAGGGCGACGAGGCGGGGCUCAAGGCCGCGGCGGCGGCGCUGGGCGUCGGC